AUGCUUCGCGCGUUGGAAGGGAGAUGGAGUGGGCUGUGGGGUGCUAAGGGUAACGAUGACUUGGAGCUGGCCAACCGCCGCCAGAAAGCUGGUUCAGAUCACAGCCUGGUGAGGCCAGGCGAGAGUGCGAUUUGCCCGGUGCGCGCGCAACCCUCUGCGGAGAUCGUGCGUGUCGAGUGCGAGAGCGCGAUUUUUGAGAUUACCACGCAACCCUCUGCGGAGAUCGUGUGCGUUGAGGGCGCGAAAUGCAGGUAUGGCACGAAGCGGGAUGCCCUGGAGCUGCUGCCAAGCUGGGCUGUUUGUAGCCCCGACUUUCAGGAGGCCUUUGGUCGUUUGGAUGCUCACUGUGUAGAACGUGAAGCUGCAGCCAAGAGAGUCUGGAAAGAUUUGGUUGGGCACGGAGGCUUUAGCAUCCAGCGCUGGUUGCCUGACGAAUCCCAGAGCGACCCUCACACUGAGGCCUGGAGGGGCACGCCCCCUUCCUGGGCCCUGUCUGUCCUGCAGCCGGUGAUCUCCGCGUUGCCCCAGCUGAAAGACUUUGAACUGCGGCUUCAGCAGCCGGUGCGAGAAGAUGCUAACGAGAUUUGGCUCGGCGCUGUGCCCACCGAUUUGUCCAGGCCCAAGGAGCUACGGGUACAGCGGUCCCCACCCCUGGUGGAGGUGUACAACAUCCUCGAACAUGGACGGCACUUCUACAGAACCAUGGUUUUCUCUUCAGACACCGCGUGGUCUUUCCAUGUGCCUUCAUCUGGGCAACGUUUGCUGCGCAAUGCAGGAGCAUCUGUGUGGAGUGUAGCUGCUGGAGAUGUAGUGGUUGGUGCUGGCACCUGCACAAGCAGUGUCAUAGUGCUGCACGACUCACAGAUGCACCUGCCACGGCGCUUCUUGCGCGGCAUUCUCCCAGAUGCGUUGUUGCAACCCUACCGCUUCUGGCGCUGCUGUGGGCCCUUGCCGGGAGGUGCUGGUCAAAUUGAAGGUGAAGAAGUAGCACCGAGAGAUGAAGCCACGCGUCUCAGGAUACAGUUGACGAAGAUGGGCUCAGCCAAAGUAGAGCGACUGAAGAUCGAGGCAGGAGAUGCAGCGUGA